CAUGAUCUGCUCCAAUGAGCAAGGUGCAAACAUAUUAAUAUUCCUUCAAAGUAUGGAAUAUUACUGCUCGUAUCGACAGUGGCAACAUCAGAACCAAUCCACAUCUGCAGCUCCAACAUGCGUAAUUUUGAAAAACUACACAGGAAGCUGAAUAUGCUAAUAGAAGCUGGUUAAAUUCAGAAUUACAGCUCCCAAUGAAAGGAUCUGAAUCGAUCUAUGGCUCUGCUCAUUUACUCUCAUCACCGCCCCUGUUUCAACAAAUUGGCGUGACCUAUUGUUGCUGGCAUCAUGAAGGAUCGAAGAGCACAGAGGUUUCCCCCAUCCCAGAGGAUAUAAAUACAGGCAAAGGGAUCACCACCGGCAAGUAUCCAGAGCAUUUUGCUCUCUUAUCCUCUCUGCUGGAUAUCAGGCUCGCAGGAUCUCUGACACCAUGAAAGGUUUGAGGGCAAUCACAUUAACUUAUGUACUCACGCUUUUACUGCUGGCAUCAUUCAUAUCGCAGUCAUGGAGUGCACCAAGGGGCUCGUUCCAACGGAGAAACUGGACCCCACAGGCUAUGCUGUACCUCAAGGGCACUCAGGGACGAAGGUUCAUCUCAGAGGACCGAAAAGAAGGGGAUGUUUAUGACACGUUACACUUAGAAACCCGCAGUAAGAAUACAGAGAAGCUGAGCAUGGAUCAGGCAGCCACCGUCCUGCUGAACCUCCUGCAGCAGACCAGAGAAGGAGCUGAUGAAAACCCAGAUGAAGUGUAUUUCCAGGAGCUGCCAGUAUGGAAGAGAGAAUACUUCUGAUCAUCUUUCAUACAAGCUGCCAGACAAUAACGUCCUGGUUUUUGAAUCGAAGGUGUUCAGUUCUGUGUGUGGGACAAGAACAGUUGCUUUGUAAAUAUGAAUUCUCUGACUAUGUUUCAAAUGUGAUGUUUUAAUAAAAAGUUUCAAUUCAUAGCA